ACACUGAGAGGCGCCAACGAGCAGACUUUAAACCGGAUCUGGUAGCAAGUAACCGCAUGGUCACCGGCGGAAGAGGGUUUGUUUUGAAGUGUGCCUGCUUUUCUCCUGCAAUGUGCGCAACAUUUUCCCCAACGACAAACAUCAUGCCAUCUCUGGAGACAGCUUCGGACAGCAGUAGUCAAGACGAAGAGCCGAAGGGGACGAAAAGAAAGAUUUCUCAAUCAAAUUGUGGCGUUUGUGGGACAGAAGAGGCCAAGUACAAGUGUCCUGCUUGUCUCACACAUUCUUGCAGUUUGAUUUGUGUGAAGAAACACAAGGAAGAGUCAAGAUGCAGUGGUGUCAGAAACAAAACCGCUUACCUGACUCUGUCUCAGUUUGAUGAAAUGACACUUCUCAGUGACUAUAGAUUUUUGGAGGACACAGGGAGGUUUGCUGAUGGUGCCCACAGAGAUCUCAUUCGUGUUCCACGUGCUUCAAUGAGAGCAAAGAAGCUGACUGCCAAUGCCAGAAAGAUGAACAUCACACUUAGAACCCUCCCUAGCACCUUCACCAAGAGUAUAGAAAACUCCACCAUCUUCCACUUUAGAGAAAAACGGUUUCUCUGGCACCUGAAGCUCAUGUUCCCUCAGAGUGAUACUGAAUUCAGCCAAAUGAGGGUGUGUGACACACUAACUCUGGAACGUAUCUUGACCCCUUAUAUACACCGUACAGAGUCCGAUCCUGUCAUACGCCAAAAGCUGAAGAGGUAUGUAGAAGCCCCGAUUGAGGAUGUCGGUGUUUUCAUGAAGGCAGAAGGACGAAAGGCCAACUCAGUCAGGUACCACAAGUUGGAUAUACACAAGAGCCUAAGAGACAACUUGAUCUUCAAAAUACUGAUUGAGUAUCCCGUACUUCAUGUGGUACUCAGAGCUCAUUGGAAGGAGUUUCCAUUGAAAGGACAAGCUGAGCCUGCGUCAACCUGUGAUAAGUUUUCAACAAAGACUGAAGCAAGCCAGGACCAGACCUCUCACACCAUCCUCGCCGCAACACAGUCCAGCCCUGAAACAGAACCCCCACAAAAGAAAAGGGCAAAGAAAGAAUUGGAGGAGGGAGCGCUAGAGGAGGGGGAGAUCAUGGACAGUGAUGAUGAAGAUGAACGGGAGGGAGACGCUGGGGAAAAUACCACCUUGAUGAAGAUAUCUGAUGGUGCCAAUAGCCCUGCUAAUUCCAUGGACAUGAACAAAGAUGACCUGGUAGACAGUGAGGACAAAGUUGAAGAUAAUUGUGUUAAUAAAGACGCUGGCACCGUUGAUGAUAGAGGUGCUGCCAGAGAGAGUUAAGAGGUCAAGCAUGACCGAGGAUGCUAUGAAAGGGCCUCUUUUUGUCCAUCACCGUCUUGAUGAAAAUCAGCGUGUUAAUAUACUAGUUGGAAUGCACCGUCCAAUUUGCAUUUACUCAUAAAUCCUGAAAGUAUAAACCCUGUAACCUCUUUCGUUAUUGUUUUUGUCAAUGGUCUUAAAUAAUUACAUCUUAAAUAAAGACAUUGGGCCUUUUUAUG